GGAGAACAGAACCAUUGGCCCACAGACAACUUUUCAGUUCAUGGAUUGGGAUUAUUCAUAUUUGGAGAAAAAUCAUCUCAGGAAUUAAUGCCUCCUUAGAGGAACUUGGUGAAAGCAGGGACUAGAAAGGUGAAAGAGUAAUGCAUGUGUGUCAGACUGGAGUUUCCAAGACUAUGAAACUGAAUUUCUAUGAAGCUGAAAUUUGAAUAGAUCUUCCUGGCACAUGAAAUGGAUAAAUAAGCGAAAGAAGCCAACCCAAGAAAAGUGAACAAACAGAUCAAAACUGGUACCACAUCAUCCGGCUGGGGAGUUUGCUGAUGUUAUAAAACUGAUAAGACUCUAUAGCAGCAUAUAGAUGUCCAGUCUGUUGCGUCAUUCAAACCAUGAGACUCAUCUUUCAAGAAUGUUCAAUGAUCUUCACACUGGUCAACUUGGUGGGUGCUCUAUCACAAUCAUUUGGUCAGAAAGAUGCCAUCAGCACCACAAUAAUCAAUUUCAAUAAUGAGAAAAUGCAGAUCACGUGGGCAACAAGAAAACUAUUCCCUGGCAAGAAUGUGUCAUUUUAUUAUACAUUUGAAGAAGGCAAGCAGAAAUACUGGAAAACAUGUCCCACAUAUCUAUUGACACAAGAUUAUAAUUCAGGAUGUCUUUUUAAGACAGAAGGAUGCACCCUUGCUUUCUCAAUCAUGAACAGCAAUGGAAGUGAAGAGCUUUUUUCUAAAAGACUGAAAACUGAUUUCUAUAUAAAGCCCAAUCGACCAGAAAAUGUGACUUUCUUCUGGAAGGAUGACACUGUUACUGUUACAUGUAAUAAACCUGAAAGAGGUGUGAAGUGCUUAAGACUUGAGCUUCAAUACAAAAGCAAAUAUGACAAAGGAUGGCAAUCCAGAACUUCUAAGUGUUGCAGAGUUGGAGAGCAAGGCUUUGAUCCAAGGAAAUGCUAUUCUUUUCGGGUCAGACUGAAGAGGAUAGUACCCUUUUGCAACGUAGUUGAUUACAGCAGUGACUGGGAAGCAGAAACAUUUUGGAUGAAUAGCAUAUUAUUAGAUUCAUGUGAUGAUGAAAUAAAAACCCAGUCAAACACAGUAAUUCUUUUAAGUUGUUUGAUGGCAGUAUUUCUAAUGAUAUUUAUCCUUUUGAUCCUUCUGUGUAAAUGGCAGAGACUUCAAAAAUCUGUUAUGCCUACUAUACCAGAUCCAAAAUAUAUAUUUACUGAUCUCUUCAAUGAUCAUAGUGGAAACUUUCAGGAAUGGAUAGAUAAAACUGAUCAUGCAGUGGUGCAAACCAAAUUGGAAUAUGAAGAGCUAGAAUGCAUCAUCGAGGAAGAAAACCAGCAAACAGACAAGAAGAAAAGUGACAAUCAGGAACCUAGGGAAAAAAUCUUCAGUUUUUCAGGAGCAACUGGAAAUAAUAGUCCCAAAACAGCUCAGAAUGCCUGCCUGAUGCCAACAUUCAAUAAUACAGUCUCCUUUGCUGGCCCCCAGAAUGUAGUGAAUGAUGACAUGUAUGUGAUGUUAUAAAACCUGCAUAAUUCAGAAGGUAUGAGAAAAUGAUAUGUAAGAUCCUGAUGAGUUUUGCACUGAGGCUGAAUAGAAAAUAUUAUCACAAGUAGACACACAAGAAGAAAGAUACAAGUCCGUAUUAUCUGAUUCCAGAUAGGUUCUUUCCCAGAACUUACGAUCUUAUGAGCAGGCUCAAUAUUUGAUAUAAAUGUCUAAUGGUUUAUGGAGUUAAUAUUUGGAAUUAUAGUUGGUUUUUAUAUGUAGGAUUUAAGUAGGCCCCAUUUUCAUGUUACGAUCGGGAGAGAACAAGAGCUGUUCCAUGGCACAUUUUCAACAGCUGAGACUCAGUCCUUGUGCUUAUGCAAACUACAUCAUUAUUUGUCUCUUAAUGGUCUUCGUUUCACAAAAGCCAGACAGCAUACUGUUCACUUUCAUAGUGAUAAUAUACUGCUUCACUGUAUCUCCUUAUAUUAGAAGUGCUUGCUUUUGUAGGCUGCUUCUCCAGUUGUGAAAUUUUGUUCUUCAUGGCAUGCAUCAAAGAUUUUUAAAAGAGAAAGAAUAAAUCAUGUGCCUAUGAACAGAAAAGAGAGGAUGUACAGUGUUGAGUUACAAUUUAUCACGUAAAUAGUGCUGUGUAGGCAGUUUCCUCCAGGAUAGCAAAGAUUAAUGGGCUGCGGUCAGGUCCUUGAUAUCUUACUGUGUCUUGAUGUGACUACACAGCUUCUCGCAGAUAUCAGGUUCAUUUUGUACAAUAUUUAUAUUUAACUAAGUUUCUUUUAUUUCAAACUAUUUUUAAUGCAAUGAAGUAGAAUUUUAAACUGUAAAUAAAAGCUUUAUUUUCAAACUCUGUUCUAAUGCUUUCUAAAGCUUACCAACUUUUGAAUGUUUAAUUUUUUUACUUAAAAUGCCACAUACUACAGUUAGGUCUCAUAAACAAAAUCUGAGGUAUUCUGUUAAUUACCCUGUAGCAUCUAAGCUACAUUGAAAACAAAUUUUGUAAAAAUGUGAAGUGCUAAAAUAUCUUUGAUAUAUGUAAGGUCUUGUAAAUACAUUGUAAUUAUAUGUUGAAAUAGUUCCAGAUAUUUACGUGAACAUCAAUCAGUCAUUUAAUGAUUUUAUCUGUUGAAUAAAUUUUGCCUACUGCAUACUUUUAUGAACUAAUUCAUACUGUAACUUGCAGAUGACACAUAUCAGAAAAUUACAGAAAUUAAUAUUUUUAGCUCAGUGCUUAAAAAACUUUAAUACCAGAUGUCCUUGGGAAUUGUAUACAGUAAUGAAGAUAUAUUAAUUUCCAGAAUUGGUUUCUGAUUGCCCAGUUUGCCAUACAAAGACAAAUCCAGAAACUGUAUGCCAAUAACUGCAAAACUUCUGUAUGCCAAUAACUGCAAAACUUAACUGGGAAGACACAUUUCUCUAUUUUUUCUUGACAUUAUCUUAGUUGUACAGUAACAAGAAAACCAAGCUAACAGAGCAUUUCCUGAAAUCGUGACAAUUUUUCUGCCUUGUUUUAUCUAAAUCAGAAUUACGCAAGAUUUUUGGGGUCCUUUGUAGAUCUUCGGUACAUCAUUUUAAAUGAAUUUUUAAAAUAAAAAUAAUUAUGCAGUAUUUAAAUAGUAUAAGAAUGCAAUGAAUUUUAAACAAAUACAAGCUUUAUAUAAUUUGAUCAGCAGAAUAUACCUUAGCUCAGAUGCUCUUAGAUGAUAUAAACUGGUGUUAUUGCAUGAGAAUCAAAGAAUUUACCUCAAAUUACACUUGAUAUAAACCUGUUCCAGUAAUGACUGAAGCAAUAAAGUAGGAAGUAAAGCUUGGAAUGUAUUGCUUAGCUCCUUCAUCUUUGAAUUAUACAUACAUCUGAUGGUCUAAAGAUCUAGGUAGUUGCCUUAAUUUAACCUUUAACCAUUUUCUGUUUACAAAUAUUUUUCUAUCUGAAUUAAAAGUAUUUCACAUUGUUGUAUUGAAAUUUUACUUUGGAAGAAAAAGAAGACAGACGUGGAAAUGUGUUGUUUCAGUUGUGUUCCUGAAAUGAAAAUUUACAGUCAUCUAAGUUUUUAGUGUGAACAAUAGCUUGUAUUAUAUUUUACAGUUGUCAAGUUUAUUUUUGCAUAUGUAUGCAACCCAUAUUUACAUAGCAUAUAACAGAUAAGAUAAAACUUGCAAAUAUCUAAACAUUUAUUUUAAAAACAUUAUAUAUAUAUAUAUAUAUAAAUAGAGACAUAGUAACAUAGAGAAUUACUGAAACAAUAAACUCCUCUCCUCAUCCUGACUGUCAGUUCUCUGAUGAUUACACAGCCGCACAGCCUGUCUCAAAGCAGGUUUGCAGGGACUCAUGCAAACCAACCUACAAAAGAGCAACUUAACCAGACAGCUGGGAAAAAGCCUGUUCAACUCCCCACAGUGAGAAGAAGGGUAUAUGGCACCUUUAAUAUCUUCCCUUUUUGUUUAUUCAAAGUUAUGUUUUUCAAACGCAUAAGUCCCCCCGAUGCUACAGUUUGUUCCUAAUUAUAUCCCACAGAAAGGCACAAACAGCAUAUCAUAUGGUAGUCCAGACUAACUGAACUCCAUUUUUUCAACAGCAAAAUAAAAAGGAUGUAUAUUUAUAUCUCGUGUAAUUUAUAUACUUGUUAUAUCAGUACUGAGCCAAGUUGCAUUUGAUAGAUUGAACAUCUAUACUGUUUGGCUUUUGAUGUGCGAUUUUCAGUGAAGAGAAGACUAAGAGGAAAUCACAUUGAUUUUUUUUUAAAGCAAAUAACAGAACUUAUUGAAACCAGUCUUGCAACUUCUGAUGAUUUCCCCUUUUUUAUCAUUUUAAUGUUUAUCAGUCUUUUGGGAAAUACACUUUGUGCAACUAUGAGCAGAAAAUUGUUGCUUCCU